CGAAUUCUGUUAUUUCACGUUAAAGUACGUACGUGCACUGCGAACGGAUUGCGAACGGAGUGUGUGAAAUUGUUUAACGUGUGCCGCGUGUCAAGAAAAAUACGUAACAAAUUACUUACAUACACAUAUGUACACACAUACUGACGUGCAAAUAUUUCUUUAAUAUUCUGUGUGAUGUUUUCCAAGGUGCUUUAUUCUUAGACUGACCCGCAUUUAGUCUUAGAAAAGUGUAUUAUUUCGAAAAAAAAGAAAAAAAAUACACACGAAAAAAAUACAAGUUGCAACAAAUCAAAAUAAAAAAAGGAAACAUUUGUGAUUUACGCUUCGAUACACUUUCAAAGAGGUCGAUUCCUCGCAGUCUUUCCCUCCUCCCUCCCUCUGCCACCCCGCCGCCUGUCAUACAUGCUGCAUAUGUCAAAAUCACACGUACGUGCCUCGCCAUAAACACGCCCUAAACGAGGCAUUCAGGCGAAACCGCAAAAACCAAAACCAAAGAAAGAAAGAAAGAAAGUAAUUUAAUAGCUGAAAAAUUAAUUCUUGUUGUUUUCUUCUUCAACGACGCGUUGAGCGUAUUCAUGAAUGCAUUUUCGCAGCUUUUGGCGCGUAACGCAAAAUAUGAAAUUAUAACGUGCACAAAUAAAAGCAUAAAAUAAAUGUUCACCAGCUGCAAUUAUACUGUUUAAUGAAUUUAUUACACAAUUAAGCUGGCACCAGCAACAACAACAGCAACAACAGCAACUGCAAAUAAUAAUAAAAAUUAAUAUGCCGCUGGCGUGAAAGUCACAACUCGGCAAAACAAAAAACCCCAAUUGAAUUAUUAAUGAUAUAAAUUAUAAAUAAACAACAAUACAAUAAUAAUAUACCCGACAACAACAACAACAACUACAACAACAAUUACCGCAAUUCAAAAAUCACGAGCCACAACGGUUAACGGUUAACGGUUAACGGCUUAAUCGAAGGCAGCGCAGGCGCCGCUUUUAGCACGAGUUGGCAGCACCUCGCUCCACGCUCGACGGCAGGGCCAACGUCUUCCGAAGGAGACCCGCAGCAGCUGGCAGCACUGUCCCCGUGCUUGGCUCUCAACCGAAACAGCUCCUCCUCAAACCAAAGAACAGCCGUCAAAGUGGAUUUAACCAACUAUAACAAAAUGCUGCAGUCCAGCAAUCAUCACUAUCUCAGGCCGGAUUAUAUGACAACGGCGCCAGCCCCGACAGCGCUGGACAAUAAGAGCAGCCCGUUGGCGCUAUUGGCGCAAACAUGCAGCGCUAUCGGCGCGGACACCACAAAUCCCAAGCUGCUGGCGGCGAAUAUUGAAAAGUCCACAAAGCAACAGCCCAAAGGCGGCGGCAGCGGCAUCGGCAAUGGCAACGGCAACGGCUUGGGACUGGCGGAUAACACACGCGAUAAAUCCUCACCGGUUAGCAGUCAUUCAUCCAGCGUUAGCACCGGCUCCGUGGAGCAGCAACAGCUGCCGCCGGCGCACAGCAAGACCCCCAGCACCUUCAAGCCCUACGAGACGAACAACAACGACUGCGGCGCCACAAAUCUCACCAGUAGCAACAGCAACAGCGGCAGUGGCAACAGCAACAGUGGCAACGGCAGCAACCAGCGCGUAAAGACGCCCAAGGCGAGCGGGGCAUCCACCAACGGACAGCAGCGCUGCGAUUCGAACCAAAGUGCCAGCAGCUCCCAUCGCGAGUCGCCAAAUACGACCGCCUCCAUGGGCGGCGCCGCGCUCAGGCGCACGCCCAACACAACUGGCAACCAGCUCAACGGCAGUCCGGUGCAGGUUUCCGCGCCGGUGCGCAGCAAUUCCAAAGAGUCAGCAGCGAUGAUGCACAGCCCGAGUGCAGCCAGCUCCAGCCGACUGCAGGAGGCGGCCUACGCGGCGGCCAAGGAGGCCAGCUAUGUGAAGGCUCUGCAUGCGGCCAGCCAGCAGGCGAACUCCUCGGCGGGCUCCUAUUAUCCUGCAGGCUACGGCAGUCCCUAUCCAAUGGACUUGAUGACAGCGAGCUCGCUAAUGUCGCCACAUCAUGCCAUGUUCAAGGCGUCGGCUAUGAAUCCGUAUUUGAACUAUGCCCGGCUCAAAGGAUUGACGGACCCGUCGGCCAUGAUGCAAGCAGCACCAAAUAUCUGCCGUGAUCCGUACUGCACGGGCUGUCCGGCCAGUCCUCAUUACAUUAACAAAGCAGCCGGGCAGCCCUGUCCCGCCGGGUGUCCGCAGUGCGAGGCCGGUGGAUCGGGAAAAUCCGGUGGCAGCUCUGCAGGCGCCGGGGGCUCCAGUGCGGCAGCUGCGGCGGCAGCGGCUGCAUCCUCCUACCACGCCCAGCUGGCUGCCCUGGCGGCCGCCUCGCAGAUGCCGUACGUAUGCUCCUGGAUUGGCAGCGAUGCGGCGUAUUGCGGCAAGCGCUUCGGAACCUCCGACGAUCUGUUCCAGCAUUUGCGCACACAUACGGCCUCCGUGCCGGAUGCGGUGCUCAGCGCAGCGGCAGCCGGCGGCAUACCACCGAAUCAUCCGCUAUUCCAGCGCACCUAUCCCACCCCGCCGCUGAGCCCGCUGUCUGCGGCAGCACGAUACCAUCCGUACGGGAAGCCAUCAAUGAUGCCGCCAUCCUUGGCACCGCCCGGGAUGCCCGGCCUGCCGCCGCAUGCCGCACUGGCCCAAUACUUUGCGCCCUACUCGUUAUACGGACCGCGCAUGGGCUCAUCGCAUCCGUAGUAGGCGCAGCAGCUGUUCGAGCCGGUUGGUCAACAUUCAGUCAAAUCAUUUUGCUUGAGUUCGUCCGGGG